AAAUCAUCUGGAAGAAAUUUUGCUGUGGUGUGGCCUCUCUCGAAGAAAUUAACAGAAUUUCAUUGUUUCCUUCCUGCUUCUCCAUAUUCAUAAUAUUCUCUCUCAAAACUUUGGGAAUUUAGGGUUUCGGAAAGAGAAGGAAGAUGAUUGAGGUGGUUCUUAAUGAUCGUUUAGGAAAGAAGGUGAAGGUCAAGUGUAACGAGGAUGACACAAUCGGUGACCUAAAGAAGCUGGUGGCGGCUCAGACCGGAACCAGAGCUGAUAAGAUUCGAAUUCAGAAGUGGUACAACAUCUACAAAGACCAUAUCACUCUCAAGGACUACGAGGUCCAUGACGGCAUGGGCCUCGAGCUCUACUACAACUGAUUUCGCAUCUUUUGUUUUUUUGUUCGUAUUUCUAGAGCAACAACUGUACUUAUGUCUCUGUUCUACUCUUUAUUUUUUUGUAAUGAUAAAUCGAAACUAUAUAUAGUGUAAUUAUGUUAUGAUGUAUUAACGUUAUUGGAGGUUAAUUGCUGGGAGACAGUGAAAUGUCAUUCUGGGGAUUUCUGAA